AUGGCACCCUUUGGCAAAAUCCACUCCUACCCGGGCAACUUCCGCGUGGAUCGGGCCCAACUGGUCGCCGCCCUAAACGGGCUGGAGGUGCCCCUCGUCGAGGACUUCAAGAUGGGCGAGUCGAACAAGACUCCCGAGUUCCUGUCCAAGUUCCCGCUGGGCAAGGUGCCGGCCUUUGAGGGCGCCGACGGCGUCUGCAUCGCCGAGACCGUCGCCAUCUGCACCUAUAUCGCGCGCUCGGGCCCCAAGGCCGCGCAGCUGCUUGGCAGCGACGACCCCAAGGUCGAGGCCAAGAUCCUCGAGUGGACGUGCUUCGCCGACAACGAGCUCGUGCCCCACAUCCUGGCGCCGGCGCUCAUGCUGAUUUUCAAGAUAUACCCCUUCGACCAGCAGAAGUACGACACCAGCAUAGCGGCCCUCAGCCGCGCGCUAAAGAGGCUCGAGGUCGGCCUGCAGGGCGGCCGGAAGUUCCUCGUCGGCGACGCUAUCACUAUGGCCGACGUCAUGGUCAUGGCACCGCUCUUCUGGGGCCUCAAAUACUUCGUCGAUGCCGCGAUGCGCAAGGACUUCCCCAAUGUCGUCGCCUACAUGCAGGGUGUGGCUAAGAUCGACGAGGUCAAGAAGGCGUUUGGAGAGCUGGAGAUGUGCGAGACUGCGGUCAAGCCGUGA